AGAGUGCGCAUGCGCAGCGGCGGGGGUGGUUCUCCGGCAGCCUUUCACUGAGGGGAGCCGCCAGUUUCAAAUUCAGCGGCGUUUACCCAGAUUCCCGGGGCCUGGCUUUCAGCGUAGCAAUUCUGCCGGCGAAGAAGGUGAGCGCAGUGCUGCGUGGCAGCAGAGCUAAAGACGAGGAGCAGUGGGACGAGGAAGGGCAGACUCUGGUGAAAUCGCAAACUGGGCGUCUGUUCUGGCGCGGGACCCCUGUAUGCAAAGGUCCAUGGCUAAUGAAACACAGAAGGUUGGUGCCAUCCAUUUUCCUUUUCCCUUCACGCCCUAUGCCAUCCAGGAAGACUUCAUGGCAGAGCUGUACCGGGUUUUGGAGGCUGGCAAGAUUGGGAUAUUUGAGAGUCCAACUGGCACUGGGAAGUCCUUAAGUCUUAUUUGUGGGGCCCUCUCCUGGCUCCGUGACUUUGAACAGAAGAAGCGUGAAGAAGAGGCAAGACUCCUUGAAACUGGAACUGGUCCCUUACAUGAUGAGAAAGAUGAAUCCCUGUGUCUGUCUUCUUCCUGCGAAGGGGCUGCAGGCACCCCGAGGCCUGCUGGAGAACCGGCCUGGGUUACUCAGUUUGUGCAGAAGAAAGAAGAGAGGGACCUGGUGGACCGACUAAAGGCGGAGCAGGCCAGGAGGAAGCAGCGAGAAGAACGCCUGCAGCAGCUGCAGCACAGGGUGCAGCUCAAGUAUGCAGCCAAGCGCCUGAGGCAGGAAGAAGAGGAAAUGGAGAAUCUCCUCCGUCUCAGCAGGGAGAUGCUAGAGACAGGCCUGGGGGCUGAGCGGCCGGAGCAGCUGGAGUCUGGGGAGGAGGAGCUGGUCCUUGCCGAAUACGAGAGUGAUGAAGAGAAAAAGGCGGCGAGCGGAGUGGAUGAGGAUGAGGAUGACCUGGAGGAAGAACACGUAACUAAGAUUUAUUACUGUAGUCGGACACACUCCCAGCUGGCCCAGUUCGUGCAUGAGGUGAAGAAGAGCCCCUUUGGCAAGGAUGUUCGGCUGGUCUCCCUCGGCUCCCGGCAGAACCUUUGUGUAAAUGAAGACGUGAAAAGCCUAGGUUCUGUGCAGCUGAUCAACGACCGCUGCGUGGACAUGCAGAGAAGCAGGCACGAGAAGAAGAAAGUUGCUGAGGAGGAGAAGCCAAAGAGAAGGAGGCAGGAGAAGCAGGCAGCCUGCCCCUUCUACAACCACGAGCAGAUGGGCCUCCUCCGGGACGAGGCCCUGGCAGACGUGAAGGACAUUGAGCAGCUGCUGGCCCUUGGGAAGGAGGCCCGGGCCUGUCCCUAUUACGGGAGCCGCCUUGCCAUUCCUGCAGCCCAGCUGGUGGUCCUGCCCUAUCAGAUGCUGCUGCAUGCGGCCACUCGGCAGGCUGCGGGCAUCCGGCUGCAGGACCAGGUGGUGAUCAUCGACGAGGCACACAACCUGAUCGACACCAUCACGGGCAUGCACAGUGUGGAGGUCAGCGGCUCCCAGCUCUGCCAGGCCCAUUCCCAGCUGCUGCAGUACAUGGAGCGAUACGGGAAGCGUUUGAAGGCCAAGAACCUGAUGUACCUGAAGCAGAUCCUGUAUUUGCUGGAGAAAUUCGUGGCUGUGCUAGGGGGGAACAUUAAGCAAAAUCCCAAUACACAGAGCCUGUCACAGACAGGGACGGAGCUGAAGACCAUCAACGACUUUCUCUUCCAGAGCCAGAUCGACAACAUCAACCUGUUCAAGGUGCAGCGAUACUGUGAGAAGAGCAUGAUCAGCAGAAAGCUCUUUGGAUUCACAGAACGGUACGGAGCAGUGUUGUCAUCCCGAGAGCAGCCCAAACUGGCUGGGUUUCAGCAAUUCCUGCAGAGCCUGCAGCCCAGGAUGACUGAAGCUCUUGCAGCCCCUGCAGACGAGAGUCAGGCCAGUGCCCCGCGACCAGCUUCCCCACUGAUGCACAUCGAAGGCUUCCUGGCAGCUCUCACUACGGCCAACCAGGACGGCAGGGUCAUCCUGAGCCGCCAAGGCAGCCUCAGUCAGAGCACCCUGAAGUUUUUGCUCCUGAAUCCAGCUGUGCACUUUGCCCAAGUGGUGAAGGAAUGCCGGGCAGUGGUCAUUGCAGGGGGGACCAUGCAGCCGGUGUCUGACUUCCGGCAGCAGCUGCUGGCCUGUGCUGGGGUGGAAGCUGAGCGUGUGGUGGAGUUUUCCUGUGGUCACGUGAUCCCUCCAGACAACAUCCUGCCCCUUGUCAUCUGCAGCGGGAUCUCUAACCAGCCGCUGGAAUUCACGUUCCAGAAAAGAGAGCUGCCUCAGAUGAUGGACGAGGCGGGUCGCAUCCUCUGUAACCUGUGCGGUGUGGUUCCUGGAGGGGUGGUCUGUUUCUUCCCCUCCUACGAGUACCUGCGCCAGGUCCAUGCCCACUGGGAGAAGGGUGGCCUGCUGGAUCGACUGGCUACCAGGAAGAAGAUAUUCCAGGAACCUAAGAGCGCACACCAGGUGGAGCAGGUGCUGCUGGCGUAUUCCAGGUGCAUCCAGGGCUGUAGCCAGGAGAGAGGCCGGGUGACAGGGGCCCUGCUCCUCUCUGUGGUUGGAGGAAAGAUGAGUGAAGGGAUCAACUUCUCUGACAACCUAGGCCGGUGUGUGGUGAUGGUGGGCAUGCCCUUCCCCAACAUCAGGUCUCCAGAGCUGCAGGAGAAGAUGGCCUACUUGGAUCAAACCCUCCCCAGAGCCCCAGGCCAGGCACCCCCAGGGAAGGCUCUGGUGGAGAACCUGUGCAUGAAGGCCGUCAACCAGUCCAUAGGCAGGGCCAUCAGACACCAGAAGGAUUUUGCCAGCAUAGUGCUCCUGGACCAGCGGUAUGCCCGGCCCCCUGUCCUGGCCAAGCUGCCGGCCUGGAUCCGAGCCCGUGUGGACGUCAAAUCUACCUUUGGCCCUGCCAUUGCUGCUGUGCAGAAGUUUCACCAGGAGAAGUCGGCCUCUUCCUGAUGGGCAACCACACCACUGCCUGGCGCCGUGCGCUUCCUUUGUCCUGCCUGCUGGAGACAGUGUUUGUCGUGGGCCUGGUCUGCAGGGAUCCUGUUACAAAGGUGAAACCCAGGAGGAGAGUGUGGAGUCCAGAGCGCUGCCAGGACCCAGGCACAGGCAUUAGCUCCCGCGGGAGAAAAUGGGGGAAUCCUGAAUAAACAGUGGGUCCCGGCUGUCCUUGGGGUGUUCCAGGGCAGCUCCUCUCCUGGAAUAGAAUCUUUCCAUCCUGCAUGGCCAAGAGCCAGGCUUCCUGCCUGGUCUCCGCGGGAGGCUGUGGCAGCUGUGGCAUCCACUGUGGCAUCUCUGUCCUGCCCACCUUCUUAAGAGGCGAGCUGGAGCAGGCCCGUCUGCCUCUGCCCUUUCUAGCCAAGGUUGGCUGCCCUGGACUGCUCACCCUCUGGUCUCAAUUUAAAAUGAUCCCAUGGCCACAGGGCUCCUGCCCAGGGGCUUGUCACCUUCCCCUCCUUCUUCCUGAGUCACUUCUAGAGCCCUGCUCCCUAACCUGCCCCACAGCCCUGCCUGGAUUUGUAUCCUUGGCUUCGUGCCAGUUCCUCCAAGUCUGUGGCACCUCCCUCCCUCUCAACCACUUGAGCAAACUCCAAGACACCUUCUACCCCGACACAAGCAAUUAUGCCAAGGGCCAUUAGGCUCUCAGCAUGACUAUAGAGACCCCGUGUCAUCACGAGACCUUUUUUCCUGUGGGAAAAUAACCCUCCCACCUGCAACAGCUGCCCCUGCUGGCUGCACCUGUCUUCUCCCUCUGACCCCAGAGGAAGGGGCUGUGGUCAGCUGGGAUCUUCUGCCGCCAUCAGGGACCAACGGGGGCAGGAGGAAAGUCACUGAUGCCCAGAUGUUUGCCUCCUGCACAGCUACAGGGUCCUUAAUUAAAAGUGUACUGUUGGUUUCUGCUCA